AAUUAAUGAUUAUGUAAUUCUACAUACUGAAUAUUACUGAACACAACCGAACAUAUCCCUCUAGGGCUAGGCUAACAUGCUUUUAGAAAUGUCGACUGUAAGUCAUUAAGUAAACACUGGGAAGAGGCUAAGUUGACCCAACCCAAAAUGCCUUGUAGCUGUGAUAAUUUUUUCUUAGCAAAGAAAAGGUGAUUGCCAUGCGGGAGUGGCUGGAUGUAGUAGCCUGUCUUCCUUUGUGUUUUAAUUUAAGAAUGUAGCCCAUCUGGUCGUUGGAACAGUAAACCGGUAAAGCCAAUUUGUGUACAGAGAGUAUCGCCCUAGGUGUCUAGAGGAAAAUACCAUGAUGCAAAAGAAGAUGUUGUGAGGGUGAAUUAGACGUUCAAGACCUUUGGGACGGAUCACUUCUGAUCUUAACAUCUUAUUUUUUUGGGAUUCUCAAUCAGUUCUCUAGAAGCAUGGGUGUUUGGGUUUUCUUACCCAUUGUUCUGUGUGCCAUCUCAUUCAUCGGAUGCUGGACAGUAUAUGGAAUAGCAUUAAGUCUUAACCAUGUCUGCUCACUGAGUAACUGGGAAUACAGAAACUCGUGUUUAAUAAACGAAACGGGCACAUGCUGCACUCUGCUUCACGUUCCCACCAUAAGCUCAAGUGGGACAAAGUAUCCAGAAAACUCCCUUUUCUCUGCAACAAUCAAUGCUGGUUCUUUUUUGUUCGUGGUUUUCUGCAUUUUUCAUCACGCACACAUUCUGGACAGGAGCGGUAUUAAUUGUCUCCUCAGUAAGAUCGCUAUGGUUAUCGGCUGUGUGUCCGCUGCUGGUGCUUUUGUGGCUGGGAACUGUAAUCAAGCAGAGGUUUCGAUGCUGCAUUAUCUGGGUGCUGCCCUGAGCUUUGUGUGUGUGUGUCUCUACGUCACCAUGCUGACCUCCCUCACUGGCAAAUGUAUGCUGACCGGCUACGAGCGGGUCCUCUACCCGCUACGCAUUGUCUCUUCAACAAUACAGAUUUCUGCCACCAUCCUUUACUGCAUCUUCUUCGUGCAGGUGGAUUACUACUACAAACACAUCUCUGCUGUAUUUGAAUGGCUUCUCAGUGUGAAUCUGGAGCUCUAUGAACUCAGCUAUGCUGUGGAGUUUUACUUUUUCUCAUCAUCAAUGCUUUCAGUGCUUUUAGCAAAGAAAGAAGAGGAGAAACCUUUGAUUUUGUCUUGAUGUCUAAAUCACUGUUUUUCAGUUAUAGAUUCAUAAAAUUUCACCAUACCUAUGUUAUUGUAGGCAGUGGAUGUACUGUUGAGUAAGAUAUUCUGUAUUGGGAGGGGGCACCAGACACUUUGCUCAAUGGCACUUUGAAGUGUUAAUUUUUUAAGGACAUUAAUGCAAUAUUUGACAUGGCGAUAUACUAUCUAGAGACAGAUUUCCUUUGAACUAUACGUUUUCAUCCAACUGUAUGUCUUACCAUAUAUUUGGUCAGUGCAUUCUGUUUCAAAGGUUGUUCAGUGUUUGCUUCACGUUUUUAAUCUAAUUGUGAAAUUCCUUGAUAAUUUUGAAUCAAUUGCUGUCAGAAAAUGUGUAUUUAUCAGUGAAGAAAGUUUCAUAAGAUCCAUAUAGGGAAAGAUAAAAGAAACAAACACCUACAGAUUUAUCAUAAAUUCUUUUGCACAAUCCCAGUUUUAAAUCAGGUCUUUAGUUCAGAUACUCAAACAUUAUAAAGUGAAUUUAUAAAACUGCA